CAGCAAUAUGCAGAAGACAAGGAAACGCACUGAAUCAUUCUCUGUCUCAUAAAGUUUGCAUGCAUUUAAAAUGAUAUCUAUGUUAUAUGUAAACCACCUGAUACUUGAUCCGAAGGGGGGCAGGCAGACUGAGUUUUUACUACAUGUGAAAGUGAAAGUAGCUCAGUGUGCCUGCUGCUCGAUGGGAGUAAACAUGGAUCUCUUUUUAAAGAUACUUAUUCACCUGUAUCUGCUUACAGGUGUGCUCUGCAUCCACCAGGUGUCAUGGCUGCCCUGUCAGUUCAUCGAUGAAGAGGUGUUUAUUGUAAAUGAAAGGGGUAUAAACGUCACUGAGACAAAGCUCAUCCACAGAGAGGCUGUGCUGCAGUUUGGACAGAAAGGAGACGCUCCUCUCAACCCACAUGCCAUCACUUACCUGGUCACAGGGUCUAAGCUUGACCUGCGGCGGUACGUGGAGGACGUGGAAGCAGAGCAGCUGAAGUGUGAGAUUCGUCGGUAUAGCACAGAGGGAAACCACGUCCGCUGGCCGGUCAAGGGGGAUCAGGAGUACAACCGCUGGUUCACCUGCACCCUCAGACACAUUAAGGACCUGUUCACUGUCACCAGCUUCCUCAGACAGCCAUCUAACCAGCCGCCAUCUGGAAGACAUGACUACCACAGCUGGCCCGCUAUCGAGGACAGAGAGAUAUUCAACACAACAGUCGCCAUGAUCACAAAGACGCUAACACCGUCAGUGACAGCAGCCCUGGGCUCCACACCAAGGCUCCACUGUCAGUUUGCCGUGGACCACAAAUCCCCACAGGUGACUGUGGAGUGGCACAGGUACCAUCGUGGAAGGAGAAUCAGACUCUUCAGUCACAUCAGCCACACGGGACAGAUGGAGGGGAGCGGGGUUGAGCUGAUGAACCUCAUCAAUGGGGACGCUUCCUUCACCGUGCCACACACCGAGAUAAGCAGUGAAGGGAAAUACUUCUGCUCUGUGUCGGUGAAUCCAAUGUCCAUCAGCAUGGACAUAUAUCUGCAUAUUGAAGAGUCUCCCCGUGUCUCCCUCAACGUCGGACCCACUCUCUACCUGCAGGAGGGCGAGGAGAAGAAGGUGAUUUGCCAUGCAGAGAAUUACUACCCCCUGGACGUGGAGGUAGUCUGGCACAGUGAGGACCUGUCUGCGUCAGCUCAGAGGGUGGGGGGGUCUCGUUCCAAGGUUCUCCACAACCAUGUGCACUCCAACCACAAAAACAACCUAGACAACACCUACUCACUGUCGGCUUCCAUCUAUCUCACGGCCUUGUCCAGGGACUCAGGGAGACAGUUUACAUGCAAUGUCUCCCAUCAGUCCCUGAGAGAGCCUAUAAGUCAGAGCUUCAUCCUGGUUGUUACAGGUCCAAACUUCUGGGUGGUGUUCAUCGUUGUUGACAUCUUUUUGCUGGUUGUUAUGUACAAGCUGCUCCCCCGCCUGUGCUCAAGAAAAAGAAAAUCCGCUGAGAGUCUACCGUACUGAGAGGCUACCAAAGACUGAGCAGACCGACUGAAGGAGAAUUAUUUAAAAAGUUUUAAACUGACUGUGAUUUCAGAGAAAUUGUGACAAUCAGUCAUUCCCUUCAGGAGCAAGGAGGGAUGAUUUUUUUAACUUGCAAAUCAUGAAGGUGAGGUGAAGGUAACUUUACCUGGGUAAGCACCCUGCCAAUAUAUCAGCACCGGUUUGCUGCCCAGUAAUAACAAUAAAGAAAAAGAUAUAUAUAUUAUUAUUAUCAUCAUUAAUAGCAGCAGUAUUAUCAGUAUUAUAAAAUGGUUACAAUGAUACAAAAAUAAUAGGAUUAUAAUUUUUUGUCAUUAUCAUUCAUUGAAAAUAAUUAUUAUAAUAAUGAUAAAAUACUACUACUGCUAAUAAAAAAGUAUUAAUAUUGAUAAAAUGGUUACGAUGUUGAUGAUAAUAAUAAUGAGGAUUAUUAUUAAUUAAAAUGAACAAUAAUGAUAGCAAUGAUAAAAUAAUACCUCUGAUAAUAAUAUUUUAUAUUUGAUGCACUCUAAAUCCCCAUACAAAAAUACAAAAAAAGCAACCAAUACAAUCUUGUGCCUUAAAAAAUGUUAGAUAAGAAUAUGGGAUUAUUAUGAAGGAGAGAAAGGAUCCUGGGAGUUUGUACAUAAUUUGAUUCUUAUUUUAGCAAAUAUUUCAUGCAUAAAAAUCAAUUGUCUUGAAAGAUAACACUCCUUUUAUAUUUUUAAAACUACAGAUUACAUUUUUUUACCUGUAUUUAAAACCUAAAAAUACAAAUCUUGAAAUUGUGACUUUAUUGAAGCAUUUUAAAAAUGUAUUUAUUGAAAGAGCAGAUUGCUUUUGUUGUUUUUGUUGAUCUUGUUGAUUUUUCUGUUAUUUAAUGGUUACUUGUGCUGCAGCUCUGUUGACAACACUUUGUGUUUUUGUGCAUACUUUAAUGCCAUUGUGAACAAUUUGGAUAGAAGUGUAUGAACCAGGUAUGAACAAUGAACAUGCUUGAUUUUUAAAUAAAGCUUCUAAAAAAAAGA